GCGGCGGAGACGGAGAGAGGCAGGCAGGCAGGGCGAGGGCGAGAGACGGAGGGAGGGAGCGAGCGAGGCAGACCAGACAGACAGACAGGCGGGCGGGCGGGCGGGCGGGCAGAGCGAGCCACCCGCCAGGCUGCGCUCAGCCCCGCUCGCAGCGGAGAGAGCAGAAGGCAGGAGGAGGGAGGGGAGGAGGAGGAGGGAGGGAGAGAGGGAAUCCAGCUACCACCACCCAAAGCCAGCGUCUGCUUUCUGUCCUCAUUUCCUUUUCCCACCCAGCUCGGAAAGCAGAGAAAGGCAGAGAGAGCGAGAGAUAGAGACAGUCAGAGAGACAGACAGACAGCCGGAGAGCGGGAGGGAGGAGGGCGGAGGAGGAGGAGCAGGAGGAGGACUACGCGGGGCGCGUUCCCUCCCAGCAGCCCGGCGCCCGCGUCGCUGCCGCCGCCGGAAGACUGACGCCCCCCAAAGCCCCUCGCCUGGCUCGGACCCACGGAGCCGGCAGCCCAGCACUCCGGAAGGAGCAUUAAGACCGAGAGGGAUUUUGCAGCUGCAGGACACAUGGCCCUGUCCUCAGAAGCCCCAGUCUGAGAUGAGAAGCGCAGCCCUGGCCUUGGGAGCCCUCAAACCCAGAGAUGGGAGCUUGCCUACCUGUCUACCCAUCGGCCUGGACCCCAGAGCCUGCCCAGCUAAGUGCGUGCAGAGGGCCCCGGUUUCGGGGCAACUCUCAGGCGGCCGCAGAGACCACCCUAGAAUCACUGGCGAAGACAGGCCUUUCCUGCUGAGCCAGACCUUGUCUACACAGCCUGCUCAGGCGCUGUCCACACCCCGAGGCCUGGGCUCAGGCCGAAGUUGCUCCACAGCACCCCCAGCUGACAGCCAGCACCUGGCAGAGCCCCCAGGCACGGGGGCCCUCUCUCUCCCAGAGAUCUCCAGUGUGACAGCCCAGGCGGCAGAGCCGAGGGUCCUGGUCCCGGCUUCUCGCACCCUCAUGUCAGCCCCGGCCCCGCCCGGCGGCCCGCGGAGGACAAGGUCAGGAUGCGUGUGAAGCCCCAGGGCCUGGUGGUGACUUCCAGUGCCGUGUGCAGCUCUCCUGACUACCUCCGGGAGCCCAAGUACUACCCCGGCGGCCCCCCCACCCCACGGCCCUUGCUUCCCACCCGGCCCCCCGCCAGCCCACCCGACAAGGCCUUCGCCCACACCUUCUCUGAGAACCCACGCCCACCCCCACGCCGGGACCCCAGCACCCGGCGCCCACCAGUCCUUGCCAAGGGGGACGACCCGCUGCCCCCGAGGGCAGCCCGUCCCGUCUCACAGGCCCGCUGCCCCACCCCCGCGGGAGACGGCAACAGCUCCCAACGGCGCUGGGACAACGGGCGGGUGAAGCUGCGUCCCGUGGUGCGGCUGAUUGACAUCAUGAAGGACCUGACACGGCUCUCCCAGGACCUGCAGCACAGCGGCGUGCACCUGGACUGCGGUGGCCUCAGACUCAGCCGCCCACCUGCCCCGCCCCCCGGUGACCUGCAGUACAGCUUCUUCUCCUCACCCAGCCUGGCCAACAGCAUCCGCAGCCCCGAGGAGCGGGCUGCCCCGCACUCCAAGUCGGAGAGGCCCAGCCACCCCCUCUAUGAGCCUGAGCCCGAGCCUAGGGACAGUCCCCAGCCUGGCCAAGGCCAUAGUCCCGGAGCCACGGCCGCGGCCACCGGGCUGCCCCCGGAGCCUGAGCCAGACGGCCCUGAUUACUCGGAACUUGCUGACGCCGACAUCCUCAGCGAGCUGGCCUCCCUUACUUGCCCCGAGGCCCAGCUGCUGGAGGCCCAGGCCCUUGAGCCACCAUCUCCUGAGCCAGAGCCUCAGCUCCUGGACCCCCAGCCCCGCUUCCUGGACCCACAGGCACUAGAGCCGCUCGGGGAAGCUUUGGAGCUGCCACCCCUACAACCUCUUGCUGAUCCUCUGGGGCUGCCAGGCCUGGCGCUACAGGCCCUGGAUACCCUGCCCGACUCCCUGGAGUCGCAGCUGCUUGACCCUCAGGCACUUGACCCCCUGCCCAAGUUGCUUGACGUCCCUGGCCGCCGUCUGGAGCCUCAGCAGCCCCUGGGGCCCUGCCCACUGGGCGAGCCCUUGCGCCUGGACUUGUGUUCACCCCAUGGCCCCCACGGCCCUGAGGGUCACCCCAAGUACGCCUUGCGGCGCACUGAUAGGCCAAAGAUCCUGUGUCGCCGGCGGAAAGCUGGACGGGGGCGCAAGGCAGACGCUGGGCCGGAGGGCCGCUUGCUGCCGCUGCCUAUGCCCACAGGGCUGGCGGCCGCCUUGGCCGAGCCCCCGCCGCCACCGCCUCCACCACCUCCUGCCCUGCCGGGCCCGGGCCCAGUCCCAGAGCUGGAGCCAGAAUCUUCCCAGACUCCAGGGGUCCCCAGCCGCAAAGGCAAGUGCCGGGGCGUGCGGCGCAUGGUGGUGAAAAUGGCCAAAAUCCCCGUAUCGCUGGGGCGGCGGAACAAGACCACGUACAAGGUGUCCUCCUUGAGCAGCAGUCUGAGCGUGGAGGGCAAGGAGCUGGGCCUGCGCGUGUCCGCGGAGCCCACGCCACUGCUGAAGAUGAAGAACAAUGGACGGAACGUGGUGGUGGUCUUCCCACCUGGGGAGAUGCCCAUUAUUCUUAAGCGGAAACGCGGCCGCCCUCCUAAGAACCUGCUGCUGGGUCCUGGCAAGCCCAAGGAGCCGGCAGUGGUCGCGGCAGAAGCAGCCACCGUGGCCGCGGCCACCAUGGCCAUGCCGGAGGUGAAGAAACGGCGGCGGCGGAAGCAGAAGCUGGCCUCCCCCCAGCCGUCGUACGCAGCAGACGCCAAUGAUAGUAAGGCCGAGUACUCCGACGUCCUGGCCAAGCUGGCCUUUCUGAACCGCCAGAGCCAGUGCGCUGGGCGCUGCUCACCCCCCCGCUGCUGGACACCCAGCGAGCCCGAGUCGGUACACCAGGCACCCGACACCCAGAGCAUCUCCCACUUCCUGCACCGGGUGCAGGGCUUCCGACGGCGUGGCGGUAAAGCAGGCGGUUUUGGUGGCCGGGGUGGGGGCCAUGCUGCCAAGGCGGCCCGAUGCUCCUUCAGUGACUUUUUCGAGGGCAUUGGCAAGAAAAAGAAAGUGGUGGCAGUGGCAGCUGCUGGUGUCGGGGGCCCCAGCCUCACCGAGUUGGGGCACCCACGCAAGCGGGGCCGGGGGGAGGUGGACGCCAUGACUGGGAAGCCCAAGCGCAAGAGGCGGUCCCGGAAGAAUGGGACUCUGUUCCCAGAGCAGGUGCCUAGCGGCCCAGGCUUUGGGGAGGCCGGCGCCGAGUGGGCCGGGGACAAGGGUGGCGGCUGGGCCCCUCACCACGGGCACCCAGGCGGGCAAGCCGGCCGAAACUGUGGGUUCCAGGGGACCGAGGCCCAGGCCUUCACCUCCGCCGGGCUAGAGAGCGGGGCCUCGGGCCGCAGCAGCUACUACAGCACUGGCGCACCCGCGGGCCAGACCGAGCUCAGCCAGGAGCGCCAAAACCUCUUCACCGGCUAUUUUCGCUCACUGCUCGAUUCGGAUGACUCCUCCGACCUCUUAGACUUUGCCCUCUCAGCCUCUCGCCCUGAGUCCCGGAAGGCAUCAGGCACCUACGCAGGGCCCCCCACCAGCACCCUGCCUGCCCAGCGGGGCCUGGCCACCUUCCCGAGCCGGGGGGCCAAGGCCAGCCCAGUAGCAGUGGGCAGCAGCGGGGCUGGUGCGGAGCCCUCCUUCCAGCCUGUCCUGCCCGCUCGCCAGACCUUCCCGCCAGGCCGGGCGGCGAGCUAUGGGAUAACUCCAGCCACUUCAGACUGCCGGGCAGCCGAGACCUUCCCGAAGCUGGCGCCCCCGCCGUCGGCCGUGGCCCGCUCCCCUACCACCCACCCGCCCGCCAGCACCUACCCACCUCAGUAUGGUGGCUACGGCGCCGGACAGAGCGUUUUUGCCCCAGCUAAGCCCUUCACGGGCCAGGACUGUGCUAACAGCAAGGACUGCAGCUUCGCCUAUGGCAGCGGCAACAGCCUGCCCGCCUCCCCCAGCAGCGCCCACAGCGCCGGCUACGCCCCACCACCUACGGGGGGCCCCUGCCUGCCCCCCAGCAAGGCCUCGUUCUUCAACAGCUCUGAGGGGGCCCCCUUCUCUGGCUCAGCCCCCACGCCCCUGCGCUGUGACAGCCGGGCCAGCACCGUCUCUCCCGGCGGCUACAUGGUACCCAAGGGCACCACAGCCUCUGCCGCCUCCUCCUCCUCCUCCUCCUUCCAGCCCUCGCCUGAAAACUGUCGGCAGUUUGCGGGGGCUUCUCAGUGGCCUUUCCGGCAGGGCUAUGGAGGCCUGGACUGGGCCUCAGAGGCCUUCAGUCAGCUCUACAAUCCCGGCUUCGACUGCCACGUCAGCGAGCCCAACGUGAUCCUGGACAUCUCCAACUACACGCCGCAGAAGGUGAAGCAGCAGACGGCUGUGUCCGAGACCUUCUCUGAGUCGUCGUCCGACAGCACCCAGUUCAAUCAGCCGGUCGGCGGCGGCUUUCGGCGCGCCAACAGCGAGGCCUCGAGCAGCGAGGGCCAGUCAAGCCUGUCCAGCCUGGAGAAACUGAUGAUGGACUGGAACGAGGCAUCCUCUGCCCCCGGCUACAACUGGAACCAGAGCGUCCUUUUCCAGAGCAGCUCCAAGCCGGGCCGUGGACGGCGGAAGAAGGUGGACCUGUUUGAGGCCUCACAUCUGGGCUUCCCGUCAUCCGCCUCGGCCACCGCCUCAGGCUACCCGUCCAAACGGAGCACCGGGCCCCGGCAGCCGCGGGGUGGACGGGGUGGUGGGGCCUGCUCAGCUAAGAAGGAGCGGGGUGGGGCGGCCGCCAAAGCCAAGUUCAUCCCCAAGCCACAGCCCGUCAACCCCCUGUUCCAGGACAGCCCGGACCUCGGCCUGGACUACUACAGUGGGGACAGCAGCAUGUCACCACUGCCUUCCCAAUCGAGGGCCUUCGGCGUGGGUGAGCGAGACCCUUGUGACUUCAUGGGACCCUACUCCAUGAACCCGUCCACUCCUUCUGACGGCACCUUCGGCCAAGGCUUCCACUGCGACUCGCCCAGCCUGGGUGCUCCUGACCUAGAUGGCAAGCAUUUCCCGCCUCUGGCCCACCCACCCACGGUGUUUGAUGCCGGUCUGCAGAAGGCGUACUCACCCACCUGCUCACCUACGCUGGGCUUCAAGGAAGAGCUGCGGCCGCCACCCACAAAGCUGGCUGCCUGUGAGCCCCUCAAGCACGGGCUCCAGGGGGCCAGCCUGGGCCAUGCGGCUGCAGCCCAGGCCCACCUCAGCUGCCGGGACCUGCCACUGGGCCAGCCCCACUACGACUCCCCCAGCUGCAAGGGCACAGCUUACUGGUACCCGCCAGGCUCAGCUGCCCGCAGCCCACCCUAUGAAGGGAAGGUGGGUACAGGGUUGCUGGCUGACUUCCUGGGCAGGACGGAGGCCGCGUGCCUCAGUGCCCCACACCUGGCCAGCCCACCGGCCACACCCAAGGCUGACAAGGAGCCACUGGAGAUGGCCCGGCCGCCUGGCCCACCCCGUGGCCCUGCCGCCGCUGCCACUGGCUAUGGCUGCCCGCUCCUUAGUGACUUGACCCUGUCCCCUGUGCCGAGGGACUCGCUGCUGCCCCUGCAGGAUACCGCCUACAGGUAUCCAGGCUUUCUGCCGCAGGCGCAUCCCGGCCUGGGUGGGGGCCCCAAGAGCGGCUUCCUGGGGCCCAUGGCGGAACCUCACCCUGAGGACACAUUCACCGUCACCUCCCUGUAGUGCCAACUGAAGUGCCGACUGGACCUCGAGGUUUUGUUCCUGGCUUUCAGAAAACCAACGCCAAGACCCCUCCCAGCGUCCACAUUGUCCUCUGGCAGGAGCGCCUGCCCCUUUGCCUCCCACCCCACCCCACCUGUCCCCCUUGCACUACCAUCUUCCCCCCCCACCCCUCCCCGCCCAUCUCCUCCACGCAGAAGCCGAAGGUGAGCCCUUUCUGCACAAAACCAGCAAUUGUAAAUACUUUUUAAAAAUGUACAAAACUUAAAAACAAAACACAGUUUUAGAAAAAGACAAAAAAAAAAGAGAGAGAGAGAGAGCGCGAGCGUGUGCAAGAGGUUGCGAGCGGGGCCCCGAGGUGUCCAGAGCCCCUGCCAAGUAUGCACUGAGAAAUUUAUCUACAGGUCGUUUGACAAAAAUGAACAAUAUCCUAUUUAUUGUAUAUACUGUUUUAUUAUAAAUCGUGGAUUGUAUAUUGCAUUCUGUAAACCUGCUGUGGUCCCGUGGUGUGCAAAUUCGCAUGGUGGGGGGGAGGGGGCAGAACCUCUUGCGGGAGCUUUUUUUUUUUUUCUCCUUUCUUAUUUUUCACUCUUUUGGGUUUUCUCUUCUGUUGUUGUUGUUGUUUUCUGUUUUGGCAGGACACACCCAAAGAUCCAAGUUUGUAUUAAAAAGAAAUGAAAAAA